AUGAGAUUUACAACUUACGACCUGGGUGGCCAUUUACAAGCCCGACGAGUAUGGCACAACUACAUUCCUGCAGUUGACGGCAUAGUUUUCAUCGUCGAUGCAAGUGAAAAUGAGAGGUAAGCCUACCAUCUUUUCAAAACAUUUCACUUGAAGGUUUAUGGAGGCAAAAAGUGAACUCGAUAGCCUCAUAAUGGACCCACAAGUAGCAAAUGCUCCCAUCCUUAUCCUUGGCAAUAAGAUCGACAAACCAACAGCUGUAAACGAGGCACUUCUACGGAACUAUUUGGGCCUCGACGGUCAGCUAACGGGAAAAGGAACUGUACCCAGAGAUCGAAUUGCAAGCGGCCGUCCUAUCGAAAUCUUCAUGUGCAGCAUCCUUAAGCGACAAGGCUACGGCGAAGCCUUUAAUUGGCUGGCCCAGUACCUUGACUAA